ACAGAUUUAACAUAACAAAUCGAUCUUUCAGAAGUUUUAUUUCAUAUAUCUUAAGUCUUUGAAUGGAUUUUGGCUGAAAAAUGUAUUUACUCUAAGGAAAAGUGAGGUCAAUAGGUAUGCCUUACUUCAAAACAUAGUAGGAUUAGAACAUUUUCAGGGUAAUGCCAUAUUACAUGAUAAUUCGUGUUUUAUAAAAUGUACAUUUCUUAUUGAAUUUGAAUAAGACAUAUAAACAUUCAAAAUAUAUAUUAUCAUGGAAGAUGAAAGAAGUGUAUAUCAUUAUGAAGAAGGAAAAGAAAAAAGGAUGCCCUUUACCAUCUUUGGUGAACCAAUAAUUAAAACACAUUGUCAAAGAAAUGCUAUGAUAUCUGCUAUUUCUGGUGGCAUGGUUGGUGGUUUAAUAGCAUUUUUGUUUACUAGUAAUCCAAGAAAGUCUACACGAAUAGGAGUAAUUACUUACGGUGUAAUAGGAAUUCUUGGUGCAUUUUAUUGUACAUACGAUGAAAUAAAAUCAAGAAGUGAAAGAAGAGAAUUUAGGAAACUUAUGUAUAUGGAAACUCAUAAAUCCCAAAUGAAGGAUACAAACUCAGUUGAUAAUGUAUCAAACUCAAAACUUGAAAGUAUUUAAAGUUUUUAUUUACACAAAACGUCCUAUAGAUACAAGUACAUAGGUUUUCUUAAAUGGGAAUAAUGUAUAAAUGUAAAAUGUAAUUGAUUUAUAUUUGUAACAAAAUUUAUAUUUUGUUAUGCUUAUGUAUCAAUUUGUAAUAUUAUGCAAAUAAUUAUUAUAUGUCAAUAGAAAAUAAAAUGAUAUAGAAUGUCAUUACUUUCUUGUGUAGUAUGUAAAUACAAGCAGAUAAUAAGUGCACAUCAAUUAAUAAUUAAUAAAACAAUAAUUAAACAAA